AUGCCUGUCAUCGAGGAUCCAUCAGAUCCAACCAGCUGCUCUGUGGCAGAGAAGGAGGAAUUUGCACACUUCAAGCAGGAAAUAUAUCAAAAGGUUUUAAAGAAAGUGUUCCAAAACUUGAAGCAACGUUCGCAACAUGGUGAAGCUCACUGUUGUGCGGAUGGCUUAAACCAGGUCCUUCACCUGGGAAUUCUCAUUGAAUCACAGGAUGCAGAGGAACCAGCAUAUUUCUGUGGCUGCCGGGCUGCAUCAGCUCAUCAUCCAUGUCCUAAAUGCCUUGUCGCUCAAUCAGAUCUGCAUAACAUCUUGGGUAAUUUUGAGCUACGUACACCGCAGUCCAUGCGAGCAGUACUUACAGAAGCCUCGAAGGCAAAAACCAUGGCCGCGAAGGAGAAAAUUCUCAAGGAUAAUGGUAUGCACAACAUUGAGCACUUCCUUUGGGAUUUUCGAUUUUCUGAUCCCUACAAGGCAUAUUCAUAUGAUACCCUACACUCAGACGACUUGGGAAAAUGGGGAAAACAUUUGUGGCCACUGUUGCUUGACGUUCUGGAGGAACAUAACGGGCAGGCAUUCUAUGACAUUCUCAAGCAAGCCUUGUCCGUCUACCAGAAAUGCUGUGCUGCCGUCGAGCGGGAAUAUGGCAAGAGCUUUAACUUUCUAAAGCAACAUGCUUGCAGUCACGUACCUCAAGACAUACGCGAGAAGGGAACAGUUGACAACUUCUCAACUUGUUACAGUGAAGGAUUUCAGCAAGAAGCGGCACAGUCUUUUGGCCAGACAAAUAUGAAGGAAGCAGAGCAUCAGAUGUGUAUCAUCGAUGAGAAACAGGAGGCCAUUGCUCGGAUAUGCAUGGCCAUAGAUAACGACAAAAAGGCACGUCUGAACCUUGAGUUGGCAGAGGACAUCAACGAAAGAGAAGUGUUGGAUUUGGAGUCAGAAAGCUCUACAACCUGGCGGUUUGGAUCACCAGAGGGAAAGAAGAUGAACCUUCAUGUUGUGGCUGUCAACCUUGCCAAUGACAACCACCGAUAUCGUUCUCUCGAUGAAAGAUUGCGAGAUUUCAUCGCCUUUAACAUGCCCAAGGAAGCAGUUCAGAUGCAAUUUGAAGAUGACAUCUACGUACAAAGGUAUAAAUGUGUCAUACUCAAGUAUCAGUCAGUGGAAGAUUGGACUGAAGGAACAGAUAUCAUGCAUUGCAACCCAGAUUUCCACGGACGCCAUUGCUUUGAUUGUGUUAUCAUUCAUGAUGAUGCACCAAAACUCAGCGUUGCUCGACUCUGUGAUCUGUUUUGUUGUUCGCUUCCAUCUGGGAAGACACUGGAUUUAGCCCUUGUUCACCAUUUCUCUUGCAGUCAGUGGAAGCCGAGGACGGUGUGGGAUGGAUGCAGAGUGCUCUAUGAGGAGCCAGACACCACCUUGGUUCGUAUGGAUUACCUAGUUCGUGGUGCUCUUGUCUGUCCAGUGAGCGAGCAAGCAGAUGAAAAGUUCUAUUAUUUUAUUGACUGCAUUGAGCCUGAUAUCUUUCUCUGA